AUGGCGUUCGAAUGGAAAGCAGCCGGUCUCACCUACAACCGAUACCUCGCAGUUGCUGCAAGAGUUGUCCGCAGAUCUUUGAAGGAAGGACCCCGACUACAAGCUGAGAGAAGAGGCGAGAUGGACUUGAGGUUCGCGAAGUGGCAGAAUGGCAAACAGGGAGAGAACAAAAACCUAGGUGCUGCAAAUGCCGACGCCAUGGCCCACCACGCAACCGAAGAAGCAAAAUAG